GUGGAGUACACGUACCGUCGAUUAUCAUUGUUGUGUUAUAUAGUCUGUUUUCUUGCGGUAAUCGCACUAGAAUUUUUCGCGUGUUCGUGUUACGAGCUUAUGACUUACGUCUAACGAGCGAUAGUGUUGUAUUUAGUUUAACGUCUAAACGCGCGCUCGAUGCGUUCUUGUGCCGUUGCAAUAGCCCGAACUGCAUCUUUGCAGUUCUGUAAAGUAACGUUCUUCAAUAACUAUCGUUUUCAGAUAUAAAUUAAUAACUAUACCAUAACAUUUAUUUUGAAUUAAAAUUCACACGAAUAUGAAGUCUUCAUUACCGUAAACAUUUUUUUCUUGUUGGUAUAGAAAAUCAAAAAAAUAUAUAAUUUUCUACUUGUAUUUACGUUUAUUUAAAAAUUUAAACAAAAAUGAAGCCACUAAAUUACCAUGGAAGUGAAAUUUUUUUAUCACUCUCUGAAAAUAUUGGGCUAUCUGUAGAUUUGGUGAAUUUUGUAAUUUGUCAACUUAUAGCACUAUGUAUAGCACCAUUAAUGUAUACAUUUUUGCCACCAAAAAAUCAACAAUAUGUAUUUCUUCGACAAAUAUUUGGACUUAUUAUUGGAUUGACCAUGACUUACAUCUGUUUUGGAUAUCAAAUGUUACAUCUUAUUGUUCUACCAACAAUCUGUUAUGUUACCUUAAAAACAUUAAGUCCAAAUACGAUACAUAAAGCCGUUUUACUUGUAUGUUGUUUGUAUUUAUCAUUACUGCAUAUUUAUCGUCAAGUUUAUGAAUAUGGAUCUUAUACCUUGGAUAUUACUGGUCCAGUAAUGGUAAUGGUACAAAAGUUAUCAGCAUUAGCAUGUGGUUUACACGAUGGUCUAAUGGCUGAUAAAAAACAGUUAACGGAUAUUCAAAAACGUUAUAAGAUUAGAAAAGCACCUACACUUAUUCAAUACAUAAGUUAUUUAUUAACAUUUCAAACAAUUUUAGCUGGACCUAAUGCUUUUUUUGAAGAUUAUAUAGCCUAUUUAGAUGGUACUAAUUUUCCAAAAAAAUUACCAAAAGAGGCUAAAUCAUCUCCGUCUCCUUUAAAGCCUGUACUGAAAAAAGUAUUAAUUACAUUUAUAUGUGCUUUUGUAAUUUACUUUAUUGUACCAAUGUACCCAUCUUCAACAUUGCUAGAUGAAAAAUUUUUAUAUGAAUCUCCGAUUUACUCAAAAAUUUGGUUCAUUAUAGUCAUAACAUCUUUAACUCGUUUUAAGUAUUAUUUUGCUUGGACCUUAGCUGAUGCAGUUUGUAAUGCUUCUGGUUUUGGAUUUUCUGGUUAUAACGAGAAAGGCGAACAGGAAUGGAAUUUACUCGAUAAUAUCGAUAUCUUAGGAGUUGAAUUUGGUGUAAACUUUAGAGCUACUAUUGAUGCAUGGAACAAAGGCACAAAUCUGUGGCUUCGUUAUGUUAUGUAUGAAAGGGCGUCUCCUAAAUAUAACACAGUUAUGACAUACACUUUGUCUGCAUUUUGGCAUGGUUUUUACCCUGGUUAUUAUGUGACCUUCCUUACAGGAUCAUUGUUUACAAACAGCGCAAGAAUUGUUCGAAGAUGUUUGUGGCAUAGAUUCCAGCAACCCAAACCUGUGAAAUUAGCUUACGAUUUUGUAACUUGUUUUUUAACAAGACUUUGUUUGUCCUACAUGACAUUUUCUUUCAUACUCUUAGAACUUAUGCCUUCAUUGCGUGUCUUUUGGCAUCUCAAGUUUUAUCUGCAUAUAUUAGCUCUGCUGGGCAUGUAUGUACUGCCAUUAGUUAUCUCGCCGCUCAAAACAGUCAAGAAAAAAUCACAAUAAUUUAAUGUAAGCAAUUAUAGUUAGCAACUAUAAUUUUUAUGAAUUCGAUCAAUAAAAGACUGUAUGCAUGGUAAAUCAAAAUAUAUUAUUUAUGAAGUUGAA